AUGUCGCCACUGGCUGAAGCGGAAAGAACCCUUAACACGGAUUGCAAGUUCGUGCAAGAAGUCAAGGCCAUCUUCCACAAAUAUGAUGAGGACCAGGAUGGGUUCUUGGAUCUCCAUCAGACGAAGUUGGGAGUUAUCAACCUCUUCGGGUACAAGCCCUCACCAUACGAGCUCUUGCGCUUGUUCGGCGAGAAAACGAUGCAAGAGGAGCAGAUUGGAUGGGAUGUCUUCUAUGACGCCAUGCUCCGCCGAAAGAUCGACAUCGGAUCCAGUUCAGUCGACGAAGUUCGGCAGGCAUUCAAAGCGUUCGAUCGAAGAUCUGCUGGUUUUCUCACGCUCGAUGACGUCAAACAUGCUUUCAGAGAAGUGGCGCCGCAUAUCAGCGAGCGCUUAAUCGAAGAAAUUUUCUUUGAGUUCGACGAGGAUCGCGACGGAAGACUUAAUUUCACACAAUUCGAGAAGGUCUGGCGGAGAGGAUGCCCAUUAUCAUAA